AUGGGGGAGGUGGUGAUGAGUGGAGAGAAGUCAGUGAGAGUUGAGGAGGAGAGUGGGAGUGGGAGCAAGGGUGAAUUGAAGGGCUUGAUGAGGUGGGAGAAGUUUAUGCCCAGGAUGAUUUUGAGGGUGUUAUUAGUUGAAGCCGAUGACUCCACAAGGCAGAUUAUAGCCGCGCUUCUCCGAAAAUGCAGCUACAAAGUGGCUGCUGUUCCAGAUGGCUUGAAGGCGUGGGAAUUACUCAAGGGAAGACCUCACAAUGUUGAUUUAAUACUGACGGAAGUGGAUUUGCCAUCCAUAUCUGGCUAUGCACUUCUUACGUUAAUUAUGGAGCAUGACAUUUGCAAAAACAUCCCUGUCAUAAUGAUGUCUUCCCAAGAUUCAAUCAGCACGGUAUACAAAUGCAUGCUGAGAGGUGCUGCUGAUUAUCUUGUUAAGCCCAUUAGAAAAAAUGAACUGCGGAAUUUGUGGCAACAUGUUUGGAGAAGACAAUCAUCAACCACUGGCAUAAAUGGUACCCAAGAUGAGAGUGUUGCACAGCAGAAGGUUGAAGCCACUGCGGAAAAUAAUGCUGCUAGUAAUCGUUCAAGUGGUGACGCUGCUUGCAUUCAGAGAAAUAUGGAAUUAAUUGAGAAAGGAAGUGAUGCACAGAGUUCUUGUACUAAGCCCGACUUGGAAGCUGAGACUGGCCCUGUUGAUAACAUGCAGGAAUUUUCUCCUCCAAAAUGUGGGGAAGAAUAUCCAAGUGGAGCAGAGACACAAGAGGUUGAAACCUGCAUUCGAUUAGGACAGACAUUGAUGAUGCGUGACAGUCAUGCUGGAGGAUUAACUAUACACAAAAAUGGUGAGGCAAGCACAACUAAUGGCAAGGUUGUUGAUCCAGAGCAUCUUAGGAAUGCUAGCAUCAGCGGUGAGGCUCAUGACAAUCACUAUGUUCAAAUUUCCAAGGAAGCUAUUGACUUGAUUGGAGCAUUUCAUACACAUCCCAACUGCACGCUAAAAAAUGCCACAGUUGAUUGCACAGGCAAGGUUGACCUUUCUCCUCAAUUGGAUCUUUCUCUGAGAAGAUCUCGUCCCAGCAGCUCUGAGAAUGAACUCAGUGAAGAAAGGCAUACCCUGAUGCAUUCUAAUGCUUCAGCCUUUAAGCGGUAUACUAACAGGCAAUUGCAAGUAUUGACGCCUGCAGUGUUAAAUAACUUCUCUGAUCAACAAAGAGAUCAGAGAACAAAUGGUGAGAAAAGCAUCUCACACAUAGUUACUGGCUGCAACUCGGAUAGUUCAACACCUGGUAUGCCAAGAUGUAUAGUGUCUCCAACUACGGUCCAUCCAAAAGAAUCUGAACUUGCAACCUCACACUCUCAGCAAGGGCAUUCUCGCCCAAUUCCAGUAAAGGGUGUAAGGUUCAAUGAUCUAUGCACAGCCUAUGGUUCUGUACUUCCUUCAAUGUUUCGCACACAGUCAGGUCCACCAGCAAUGCCAAAUCCAAGUUCAGUUGUGCUCUUUGAACCAAACUUUCAAGUAAACGCAUUUUAUCAGUCAAACAGGAAAGAGAGUAGUUCGGAGCAGAUUUAUGAACCUCUUGGUCCAAAUGGAAACAGUUCCCAGAACCACAUUGUGUACACACAGGAACGUAAAUCAGAACAUGCAGAGGAUCGAGGGCAUAUCUCUUCUACAACUGAUCAAAGUGCGUCAAGUAGUUUCUGUCAUGGAAACGCAAGCCAUCUUAACAGCAUUGGUUAUGGAAACAACUGUGGAAGUAACAGCAAUGUUGAUCAAGUUACCACUGUCAGGGUAGCAUCAGAGAGCAAUAAUGGGGACCUCACAAACAAUGCAAACUCUCAUCGAUCUAUCCAAAGAGAAGCAGCACUAAACAAAUUCCGGUUGAAAAGAAAAGAGAGAUGCUAUGAGAAGAAGGUUCGAUAUGAGAGCAGAAAGAAACUAGCAGAGCAGCGUCCCAGAGUGAAAGGACAAUUUGUUCGUCAAGUUCAUCCUGAUCCUCUUGUUGCAGAAGAAGAUGGCCAAGAAUAUGAUCAUUCACAGAUUUCUGACACACUGGAGAGGAGAGUAUGA